AAAAUUACUUGUUUAGAAGGAUCUUCACCCGAUACUGGAAAAGGGAAGAGCAAGUCUUCAACGGUCACGAAUCAAGUGAGCCAUGGGUUCCACUUGGUGAAAGGGCAAUCAGGUCAUGACAUGGAGGACUACCAUGUUGCUGAGUACAGGAAGAAGAAGGAUCAUGUUCUUGGUUUGUUUGCAAUCUUCGAUGGCCACCUAGGCGAUCGCGUCCCCACUUAUCUAAAGGAUAAUCUCUUCGACAAUAUACUACAAGAGCCUAAUUUUGGGGAGGAUACCGCGUCUGCUAUAAAAAACGCUUAUCAUUCGACUGAUAAACUUAUCCUAGAGAAAUCCAUGCAAUUAGGACCUGGUGGCUCGACUGCAGUUACUGCAAGUAUCGAUGGAAAACACCUAUGGGUGGCAAUAUUGGAGAUUCGAGAGCGGUCAUUUUGUAGGAAUAAAACUGCAGAACAACUCUCUGUGGACCAUGAGCCUCAUAUUGAAGAAGAGGAGAAUCGAGAAAGCAGGGUGGUUUUUGUGACGACUCUUCCAGGUGAUGUACCUCGUGUCAAUGGCCAGCUUGCUGUUGCUGCCUUUUGGGACGAGAUCUUUAAAGCACAUUUGAGUUCAGAGCCUGAUGUGCGUAAUAUACACAUUGACUCAAGCACACAGUUUGUCAUAUUGGCUAGUGAUGGCUUGUGGAAGGUAAUGAACAACCAAGAGGCGGUGGACAUAGUGAAGAACAUCAAGGACCCUCAAGCUGCUGCGAAGCGUCUGACCACAGAGGCUUUGACGAGAAAGAGCAAAGACGACAUAUCAUGCAUCGUGAUACGCUUUGGCUGAUCUCAUGAGAGAGGACGAGAUCGUUAAAUGAAGAACAAGCGAAGAAAUGGAGCGACAGAUCGGUAUCAUGUAUCUAAAAAGUGUCUUGCUUUGCAGGUUGCCCGUCUUUAAAUAAUUUGGUUUGUUUGGAAGGAAAAUUUGUGGCGGUGUUGCUUGGAAGAAUCAAAGUAGAUAGUUUGCUUCUCUCUCUCUCUCAAAAAAAAAAGCAUUGUUUGGAGUAGAUGAUUUACUGUUUUCGUCUUUCUGAGAUAGGGAAAAUCAUUUCUUUUUCUCGCUCUUUUUUGUUAAUAAUUUCUCCUCUAGUUGGUGUUGAAGACUUUCUUAUUUGUUGUAUGUGUAUAUAGCUAUGAGAAAUAACGAAAACUGGAACAACUGAUUCCGUUUGAGUUGCUGUUAGGAUGUAUUUUGAACUUCGUGUGCUUCUUCA